UUUCAAAUCUUGAGAAACUAAGUUCUAAAUGAUUUACAUUAAAUCAAAUCGAGAAACAUGUAUAGUGGAAUGGCCUCUUCUGGUGCAACUGAAGAAAACGAACCUCAAUUUGAUGACUUUGACAAUUAUCAUAAUGAAGGUCAUGGAAUUAAAAAUCUAGAGUCAAAUGAAUCAAUACGAACAUAUUUAUCGUCCACCGUUUACGCGGAAGAUGAAUUGGAAAAUUUAGUAGAAAUGGUGCAACGAAUGACUAUUUUAUAUUCACUUGAUCACAGUGAUUGGAGUGAGGACACCCUUAACAUAAUAAGAAUGUGGUUAUUAAAGCCUAGUAAGCCAAUGCUUACAGUGUUUUACGAUUCCAAUAUUAUAACCGCCUGUCUGGGAUUUCCAGUUGCUCCAAUUCUUGAUAUAAGUUACUUUGUUCGAUCACCUAAUCAAAUCUUUACCAGUGAUUCGUUUCACGAUUUUGUUAAUUUUGGAACCAUUCACAACGAUGUUGAUGGCUGCCUUCUUCGAGUUUUGGAGUUAGCGUAUGCACCUGUAUUUCGAAAUCAUUCAGAAUGGGAUGACAAUAUUAAGCAGCGAUUUUGCAAAGCUUUGGACAAAUUUCUAGUUUACUUAACAGGAAUGCAUUUUAAAAUGUCGGGGAUGACUGUGUUGUAUGUUCCGUAUAUUGUUAAACAAAUUCCAAGGGAAAACAUUUCAUAUGAUCCCGAGUUUGUUAAAAAUCUUGAAUCCAUUUCAGUGUUUUGGGCAACACAAAUUCGAACGCUCUUAAAUGAUAAGACAUUAAACGUUCCUAAUGAUUUCGUUGUGUUAGAAGACGAAUAUGAAUUCUGGCUUUACCGAUUUGAAGUCUUACAGGCUUUGAAUACCCAGUUGGAACAAGUCGAUGUACAGAGUAUCAUUAAAAUUUUGCGCAAUUCUCACUCUGUAUACAUUAAACAAAUUGAUGAACUUAUUUAUGAGUCAAGCUACGAAAUGGAAAGGGCUAUGUCAAAUAUAAAAUAUCUACACCUACUUAUGGAUCCGUGUGCUGAAAUUAAUCUUACUGACAGCCCUGUAGUAUUAUCUCAAUUAUUACCAAAGAUAAUUAACCUUAUACAUUUUAUUUGGGUAAAUUCGGAGCAUUACAAUAGACGUGACUUGAUAACAGGACUUUUUCGGGAUUUAAGUAACAGAAUUAUUCGGUUCUGCACUGAAAUGAUUAACUUGGAUAAGAUACUUUCUGGCAGUUCUCGAUUCGGAAUAAAAGUUUGUAACUUAUCUUUAAACUGCUGCCUUACCUAUAAAGGAAUAUAUAGUUUUAUGGCAAAAGAAAAUAUUAAAUUUGAUAGUAGCUUAGGUUGGAAUUUAGAUAAUGCAAUGAUUUUCAAUCACGUUGAUGCUUUUAUGGAGCGAUUAAAUGAUGUCAUUGAUAUAUGCGAGUCUAUGAUUGUUUUCGGACGUUUGGAUGAAGCUGAGAGCAUUCCUAAGCCACAAUUUGGAGGUACUACUGGGCCUGAGUUUGAAAAAACAACCGAGCUAGUUGAAAGCCAGUUUUUAUCUACCUUAACAGCAUUAAAUACCGAUUCGAAAGAGUUAAUACUUAAUGUGCAUAAAAAUGAUUGGUAUGAAGAGGUUCUUAAAUAUCGGCGAACAGUUCGAAGCAUGGAUGAGACUGUGCAACGACUUAUGUCAAAUGUCUUUCUACAUGUAUGCAACGUUGAAGAGGCUAUCGAAUCUCUAAAUGUGAUGCUUUUCUAUUCAUACCGCAGCUCAAUAAGAAAAUCGUAUUUGCGUCAAGUUACAGAGGUAUGGCUACUAUUUUGUAAUGAAAUGGACUCAACUUCACAUAGCUUAAUGGAUCGCAGCAAAUUACAUGAGACGUGGGUGCCGUACUAUGCUUCAAGGGCUAUUGGCUAUCGCAUCAAUAUUGAGAGACUUGCUUGGCUUCGAAAUCGAUUAAAUUCGUCUGAAUGGUUACCAAAUGUAUCCGAAGCUUUAAUCGUACUCAAUAAGUUUGAAAACUUAAGAAAAGAGUUUGAUAAGGAAAUGAGAAAAUCCUAUGAUGAAUGGCAAAAAAAUUGUUGUAGCCCAUCCUUAAAUCAAAAGCUGGAUCGAUUUUUGCUUGCUCGUAGUAAGAAAAAGAAAGGCCUUCUAGAGUGUAAUAUAGAUCCAAGCAUUUUAAGUAUUUGUGACCAAGCACAACAUUUUUCCCGUCUUGGAUUUUCGGUGUUAGGCCCAGUACGAAAGAUUUUCGAGAAACAAGAUACUCUUCGAUUUGUCUAUAACAGUGUAUUACAAGUCUGUUUAAAUUAUAAUCAUAUUUUAGCGGCGUUAUCUGAACAGGAGAGAAAGUUCUUCAGAUCUCUUAUACAGGCUUGUGACCGAAAGAUUGCUCCUGGAGUUUUUAAAUUGAGCUAUGGUGGAGACUUAAGUGAUGCGUAUAUUGCAGAUUGUGCUAAACAUACAACUAAACUACAGGAAACAAUGGAUAUGUAUAAACGGGCCAAUAAAAAUAUAGCUCGAACCUGUGAAAAGAUUUGUAAUACACCAAUGUUAAAAUUCACGUUCACAGGGGCAGUUGCCAUAUCAAUUUUUGAGAGUCAUCUUUCUAAUUACAUCAGACGCGUAAGUAAUGUACUACGAGGAUUCUAUAACACAAUAACGGAUCUACUAUUUGCUGUUUUUAUGAAGUUCCAACCGGUUAUUGAGGAUAUACCUUUAUUAUUGAAAUCUACAUUAUUGACACCUGCAGUGUCGACAAUUACGUCUACGUUAUCGUAUUGUAUGUGUGAACGUUAUCGAUUGUUAUCGAAUAAAAACAUGAUUGAAAUGCAGUUAAUAAAUUAUAUCUCGGACGGCGCAGACGAACGAACCAAGAAUUGACUAGAAUAUAAUCAAAUGGAGGUUUUUGAUUGGCUAAUAAGAAGCAAACUUCCAAAUGAGCCACAAAGGAGCAUUUCUGACUUGAAAACCAAGUUGCAAGAGAUGUGGGACUCAAUACGAAAAAGGGUUAAAUGCGUAAUA